AUGAGCGACUCCGGAAGUUUAUUUGGUGAUGUUCACAAGCCUAGUGCCAGAGCCAUCUAUGAACAGAGGAAGAAGUAUUCUAACUUCAUUGUGGCAGAUGUCUCUCAGUAUGCUGUCAAUCACCUGGUGACCUUCUCCAUUGGGGAAGAGGACGAUUUGACAUCUGUGGAGGAUGCUAUCAGAAAACUAUGCAUCAUGGAUAAGCAAGGGAAGAUCUGGGUUCAAGAGAUGUUGCUCCAGGUCAACGGAUCGGCUAUCAAGCUCCUUGACAUAAACUCAAAGGAGGAACUGGAGAACUUUGCAUUGCCAACAGUGGCUUAUUGUGAUGUUGUCUGCCCUGAGUCCCGUGCCCGAUCCUUGCUUGUACUCAUGUGCCAGGAAACAACUCAGCUCAGACCGGAUAUUCACUUCUUUGACUGUGAACAAAUUAGGGCGGAAUGGAUCCAGCAAGACAUCAGCAGUGCCCUGUUGGAUUUCAACACAGGAGGAGAUAUCCAGCGGAGGGAAGCCUUGAGAGCUGCCCAAAACAUGCUUGAUAAUCAGGAGGUCUUCUCUCAGCCUCCUAUGCAGGUUCCUUCUAGGACAAAGAUUGUUGCACCAGGGCCAAGAGAAGAUGCCAUCUUGAUAGGGGAACCUGAUCUGUCCAACAUCCCAAUAGAGCAAAAUGUGGAACUGCUGAACCGGAUUUUUGAUGAUGUGGAAGCCUUCGUGAGAAAGCUGCAGAAAUGUGCAGAAGCUUUCCGUGACCUGAACCAAUACAGGAGCUCUGCAAGAGGGCGCCUUCGAACACCAAGAGAGGGGCUCUUAACCAUCAGAGCAAAACCCCCAUCCCAAGAGGAGUUUGAAGACGCUCUGUCCAAGAUCAAAUAUUCCUUUAGCCUUCUGGCAAGGCUGAAACCCAAUAUCUCAUGCCCUAGUUCAGAGGAGCUAAUAUGUAUUCUUUUCAAACCCUUGAAGAUGAUUGUGGAUGCUUCUGGGGGUGUGGAAUUUGCUUCUGAAUUGCGCAAUCCCAUGCUAACUCUAGAGGCAGUAACUUUGAUGCAAAGCUGCUUGGGAGAAUGGGAAACAGAACUGUGGCAUUCUCUGGGUGAAAACUGGACUAAGCCCAGGGUGGAUUUCCCCAGGGGCUAUGCGGCUUCCUACAACCUGACUUUCUACAGUGGCUGGGAGCCUCCUAACCAAGAUGCUUUUGGGAGACUUUGGGAAGACCCAGUAGAGAUGCAAAACCGCCAUGAAGAACGCCGCAAUCAGCAAUCGGCCCCCACAAUUGCAGCCAAUGGGUGCAAACAUUUAGAGAAGAAAUCAGUGAUCUGCACCCACAACUUCACAGCCAGAAACAGCAAUGAACUGUCGGUGCUUCAAGGAGACAUAUUAGAGGUUCUUGAUGAUAGUAAGAAGUGGUGGAAAGCCCAGAAUUGUUAUGGUCAAGUUGGUUACGUCCCAUAUAAUAUUCUUGCUCCAAUGCUGAAUGGAGAUCAUUCCAGUAUCCAGAACGACAAGGAAAUUAUUGUAAUCCAUGAAAUCAACCCUAUAAUAACGGAGAUACCACCACCUCAACCACCAGCCAAGACCAAAAAUCUACAGUCCGAUGCUGUAAAAUGGGUGAGCACGGAGGACCUUGACGUGGACGACAGUAAGAAAGAUCACUUCACCAUGGUCAAUGAGGAGCUCGUCCUGAGGCUGGCCAACGGGACAAGUGGCGGUAGUAAGCCUCUUCACAUCCCACGUACUCUGGAUACAGAUGCCCCUUUAGACUACAGUUCAAAUUCUGAUCAAGUCCAGACCUGGUUGGAGGCCAAAGGAUUCAGUCCAAUGAUUGUCAGUGCCUUGGGAAUUCUCAAUGGCGCUCAGCUCUUUUCCUUGAAAAAGGAUGAGUUGAGAGCUAUCAACCCAGAAGAAGGUCCUCGAGUCUACAGCCAGGUUACCAUCCAGAAAGCGCUCCUAAAGGAUUCUGGGAAAAUGUCAGAGCUAGAGGCCGUGAUGGCGAGACAAAAAAGAAAAGCAGAAGGAUUGGACUAACAGAGCUCACCUUUUGUGUGGCAGUAUGACUUUGCUAAAGAAAUGUGGAAAUGCCAGAUCUUUCUAUAGGAUCAGAAUCUACAUUAUGUAGGGAGAUCAGCGUGAAAGAAUUGGUGAUAAUUGUUACUGUGGGUGUUUUAUAUUCUUAAUUUUCUAUAAAGAAGAGAAACGUACUGGGUAUCCCCAAUUUCAUGGAGCAAUCUUCUACCACUCUCCCUAUUCCUUAGUUCUCAAUUAUUUUUAAAAUAAAGAAAAUUAUUAUGUCCUAUAGAAUCUACACUAUUCUCCAUUUUGGAACAAUUUGCUUAAUUCUCCUUGUAGAAUUAUCUCUUGAUCUCUCAGUAGGAAAAUACAAAUAUGAUAUAGUGUGUGCUAUCAUCCAUUCAAUUUUAGUUUUUUCAUUAAACAUCAGCAUGGAUAUUGUUGAAGAGAUUUCCGCCCCCC